GGGGGGGGGAGGGGAAACGUGGAUUGAAUCAAGAGAGCAUUGUGACUGUGCUUCAAUUGCAUUAAAGCAUAUACACGAUGAAACGCGUCUUGAUUCAUUGUAUUCAUGCUUAAAAUAACCACUCGAUUAGGAAACAGUAUUACUCGUAGAACCUAUAUUCGACCUCAUUACUAUUCACAAGAGCCCCUUUCUAAAGCAAUACAGAGAAAGCGUCUUCCAUUGAAUGACCUUGAUCCAAACAAGGUAUUAUGGACACUGAUUGGUACCAAUGCCACUGUCUUUCUGGGAUGGCAAUAUGCUAUACAGUCCUAUAAACAAUUUGGUGAUCCUGCUUGGUUAGAAUGGAUGAGUAGGCAUUUUGUUAGUUCAGAAGAUGCAGUCAAUCAUGGAAGAUACCAUACUUUACUUACUUCUGUUUUCUCCCACCAAGACCUGACUCAUUUGGGUGUGAAUAUGCUUGUGUUGCAUAGUAUGGGACAAGGUGUCAUGCAGGCCAUUGGUGUAUCUCGCUUCUUGGGGCUAUAUACAGGUGCUGGUUUAGUUGCUUCUAUGGUAGGUAUAGGAUAUCGAAAGUAUAUUCGACCUAGAUUGGAGAACAAGAGAGGAUCCUAUUCAAGAGCCUUGCAUGGUUCCAUGGGUGCAUCAGGUGCUGUUAUGGGCAUUACUACUUUCUUUGCUUGUGCUUUUCCAAAAGCAACAUUCCUAGUCUUUUUUAUAGUCCCAAUGCCAGCUAUUGCCGUUGUUGGUUUAUUUGCUGCUUAUGAUGUAUAUCAAUCUUAUGCCAUUAAACGAGGUAGUUUAGUGGAUAGUGCAGCUCAUUUAGGUGGAGCUGCUUAUGGAGCUGCUUAUUGGUUUACAAGAGUAAGGCCAAUGUUAAGAGCAGGCAGAUGGCAUAUCUAAUCUCUGAUUCGUUAAAUAAUUUUUUUUUUACUUUUAUUUACCCCCAAUAAAUGGCUAGUGUUGGGUCCUGUUUCCCCCCUUUUUUUCUUUUUUUUAUCUUUUUUUUACACUAUGGAUUCUGUUCAAAGCGUUUUGCCAUACUUGAUUCCAG